AUCCUCCUCCCCGUCUCUGUCCGUACUCACCACCACCAACGCUGUGCACCGCACAAGCAAGCACACGUACGCCACAGAGCACACACAGCCAAGGCGAGAGAGCGGCCAUGGCGCCGAGCGCCGUGCAGGCGAUGUCGUCGAGCCACGGCGCCGCGGCGGCGAUGGUGGCGGCGGGGCAGAGGCGGCGGCUGACGCGGCUGCUGCUGAACGUGACGGUGGAGCAGAGCCUGUGGCCCGUCCACGUCGUGAUCGGCGCGGACUGCACCGUGGCCGACCUCGUCCGCGCCGCCGUCGACGCGUACGUGCGCGAGGGCCGCCGCCCGCCGCUCCCUUCCGCCGGCGGCGGCGGCGACGCGGCGGCCGGGUUCGAGCUGCAUUUCUCCAAGUACUCGCUCGAAAGUCUAAGGCCGGAGGAGAAGCUGGUGGAUCUGGGCUCUCGUAACUUCUUCCUUUGCGCACGGAGAACACCUGCUGCUUAAUUUUCAAUCUGCUUUCGUUUUUGUUAAGCAUCUGCUUUCUGCUCUGCUGCUUAGGACUUGUUUAGUUCCAAAUUUUUUUUUUGUCAAACUUCCAAUUUUCCAUCACAUCGAACAUUUUAUACACACGCAACUUUUCUAUCACAUCGUAUCAAUUUCAACCAAGCUUCUAAAUUUUAAAAUUUCAGUGUGAACUAAACACGACCUUAAUUGAUUCAAGCGAGCAGAGCAUGCAACUGAUCACCUGCUCGUCACGAGCUGCUGCAUCACGAGCUCGUGAUCAUACGUGUUGUGCUUGACAUGCCGUCGGCUAGCUCAUCGCGACGUCGCCUCUACUGUUCAUCUUUGAUGGAUCUUCAGAGCCGUGGAGAGACUGAACUUGUACUUUUUUUUUUCCUUUUCUCUUCUUUUCUGAAGAUCAUGUUUGUACUGCUAGCUGUUGGAGUGCAGGAAAAACAUAAUAAUACCCUGUUUAGAUGGGACUAAAACUUUUAAGUCCCUAUCA